AUGAAGACGUGGGCGAUAUGCUUGCUAGUAAUUUUUUCCCUUGUUGUUACAGUGUCAGUGAAAGGUAGGACCUACGUAGGUGGCGGUGUGACUAAUCCGUGCUCAGGUCCUAAUCCUCCUCCAGGAUGCAAUCCUCCAAACUCUCUUCAUACGAUCGGUAAGCCCGCCAACAACUACACCCGUGGAUGUUCCAAAAUUACACGCUGCAGUCGAGAUACCGGGUGA